CUGAUGUGUUUGGGGAUUGUAAUGGUUCUCUUGAGCAGGUAAGAUUAUUUUCACUUUCCUUUCUUUUUGAAUAUCAAACAGAUCAAUGUUAUGUUGGCAUUGCAUCUUUGUCAACACCACACUCAAACUCAGACGAUCACUUGUUUACAGAGAAUGAGAUUCAGUUUGUAUUUCCUUACUGUCUCUCUCUUCAUCUGCAUCUAUUUUCACUACACACAGACUGUUGGACACACAUAUUUUCAAAUGCUGCUAUGAAAGUCAUAGUCAUACAAGACUGAGAUUUUCGGCAGCAGUUUUGGAGCACAGGCAGCUGUAUUGCUCUUAUUUUUGUGUGCUGUGAUUCCACUCGAGGUUUUAAACUACAUGCAUAUUAAUCACCCCGAUAUGCAGUCAUUGCCUAAAUAAUGCAAAAUCAUGAUGCGCAGAAUGUUAAGCUCUGCGACAGUAUGCUAAUAUUUUAUUUCAACAGGCAUUAUUGUGACCUACUAAAAAAUUGGCUUUCCUACUUGUGCGAGCAUUAUGUUGUGCUGCAUGGAGAAGAAAUAUACUGCUGGGAAAUGUGUCGGUGUUCGCUCAUGCUUGUGGUUGAGCGUUGGAGUGCUUUCUGCUCAAAUGUAGGUCACAGUCCGAUUGGAUCAGGCUAGAAAAGAGUAUCUAUCCAUCUAUCUGUCUAUCUAUCGUCAUUUAACUCUGUCUGUAUGUCCACAAUUUGUUCUUAGAAUGCUAUUUUAAAUAUUUGGUUCCUCUCUUAUAUUUGAGAUUGUUGUAGCUGUUAUAUUUUAAAAGGGCCUGCAGGAUAAUUGUAUAACUGGGAACCACUUCCCAACACAAUACACAGUAUUCUCAGGCUUACCCACUUGCAUUUUUAGUCUACUGACAAUCUGUCCAAUCCGAUACUGAGAAAACACAAAGUGUGGCAUUUUAUACAGACUUGUAUUAUUUUAAGCUCUUUUAUGUUCACUUAAAGUGGAUGUUGUUGCCUACAUCCCCAUUAUUACAAAUUAGGCAGGAAGGGCCCGUUUGGGUGAUUAUACAGUUGGAGCAUUGAUCCACACAUACUGAUGAUGAUGUUUCUCUUAGUCACUGUUGGUGGUGCUGUUGCCUAAGCAGACUUUGAUUCGUCUAACGUCAGCCUUAUCACAAGUCACCGCCCGUCGUCGAAGGGAAUGGGCGAUAGUAGUGUGCAUAUAUUCAGUAAUGUUCUAGUACAGAUGUUGGCAUUGUGAGGAUUUGAGUGAACACAGAGUUACGGUCCAUUUUGUAAACGAGAUACGAGGCCUCUCUUCUUAUACGGAUACAUUUCAUUUUGGAUCAUAUAUUCAUGGGAAGAAAUGGAUAUUCUGAAGAGCAAAGGUACCUCAUCGGAUUGGAGAGUCUCCAUUUUGCUUUUUUGCCUUGUGGCUGCGGUUUGCGGACAAAUUCGUUAUUCUGUACCAGAGGAGAUGAGAAAAGGGCUGUUUGUCGGAGACGUUGCAAAAGACCUGGGCUUGGAUGUUGAAAGGUUGGUUUCUGGUCGGGCUCGACUUGUUAUUGAUGAUGAUAACCAAUAUGUCGCGCUGAACCAGAACAAAGGGCAUAUUGUCGUCAAUGAAAGAAUUGAUCGAGAAAAAUUAUGCGCCAAGAAAUCACCGUGUAGCUUUAGUCUAGAAAUUGUCCUCGAAGAUCCACUUGAAUUAUUUUCCAUAACCAUCGAAAUACAAGAUAUAAACGAUCAUGCUCCGUCUUUUCCCAAAAAGGAGAUUCAUUUGGAAAUAAGCGAAUCGACGCCAACUGGGACAGUAUUCCUGCUUGAUAGCGCAGCUGAUCCUGACGUAGGAAUAAACUCACUGCAAAGUUACUCUUUAAAGGAAAAUCGUCAUUUUAUCCUCAAACAACACACUCGCACAGAUGGGAGUAAAUAUGCUGAAAUGAUGCUUCAGACUGGUUUGGACCGCGAGACGCAAAGCGAGCAUGCGCUUGUAUUAACGGCUGUAGAUGGUGGGGAACCGCAGAGGUCUGGGACAGUGAGGAUCCAUAUUGCUGUUUUGGACGCAAACGACAACGCACCCGUUUUUACGCAGUCCGUAUACAAAGCAUCUGUCUUGGAAAAUGUCUUGCAAGGCACAGUUAUUGCUAAAGUCAGUGCCGUAGAUGUGGACCAAGGUUACAAUGGUAACGUUACAUACUAUUUCACUCACUUAGAGGAGGAUUCGUCAUGUCCUUUCGAAAUAAAUUCUUGCACGGGAGAGGUUAAACUCAUCGGUGACAUCGAUUACGAGGUUUCUCCAAAUUACGAAAUAAACCUUCAAGCAAAAGACCCAUGGGGUGUAGUGGGCGUCAGCAAAUUAAUAAUCGACAUAGCAGAUGUAAAUGACAACAGCCCAAUAAUCACAAUGGCUUCUUAUUCGGGUAAAAUUUCAGAGGAUUCCCUCCCUGGCACGGUUGUGGCAUUAAUUAGUGUUCAAGAUAAAGAUUCCGGUAAAAAUGGUCAGGUUCAUUUAAAUAUUGAUGAAAAUCUCCCGUUCAAAAUUAAAUCGUCUCUCAGAAACUAUUACACAUUGGUCACGGAGCAAAUCCUCGACCGAGAAAAGCUUUCCAAGUACAAUAUCACUCUCACUGCCAAAGAUGAGGGCUUCCCGGCCUUAUUAAGCAGAAAAACUGUUGUGUUAGACGUUACUGAUAUUAAUGACAACGCACCGAAUUUCAGCCAAAGUGUUUACAGAACACAGGUGAUAGAAAACAAUUCGCCUGGUGUAGCUCUGUUACAGAUCCACGCUACUGAUCCAGAUCAGGGUCAGAAUGCACGGGUAUCAUAUUUUCUUAUUGACGGGGAAGUUAAUGGAAAUCCGGUAUCCACAUAUUUCUCCAUGAAUACGGAAAGUGGAGUCAUUCAGUCUUUGCGUUCACUUGACUUUGAACAAGUCAAAGAAUACAAAAUACGAGUCCGAGCGCAGGAUGGAGGGUCGCCACCUCUAAAUAGUAACACAACUGUUAUUGUACGUGUCCAAGACCAGAACGACAACCCUCCUCAGGUUCUGUACCCAGUCCAG